GGCCGCGGAGAAGAGGACGAGAGAGGCUCGCACCGUCCGCUCCCGCGCACGUCCCGCCGCCCUCCGGGGAGGCUCGGGCGCCGGCCCCUUCCUCCCCGAGGACGAGUGCCGAGCUGAGGCGCCUGCCCUGAGGGAGGAAAAUGCUCGGGCUCCAUGGCUGCCAGUGAUGGAGCGGUCCCUGGGCUCCCGCUGCCACUGCCGCCGCCGCGCCCCGGCCGUGCUCCGCGAGGACCCGGCGUCUCUGUGCGCCCGCCAGCGCCUCGUUGCUGGGCUCACCGUACUGGGCGCCCCGCCGCCGCCCCGCUCACAGCCGCGCCGCCCCGGCCCCAGCCGCGGCCAGCGUUUCCUCCCGGAGCAGCCGCCGCGAGCCCAGGGGGUUUGAAAGGAUCCGCGGGGCGCGGGGGGUGGGCCGAGCGGGGCCGGCCGGGCUGGCAGGGGAGGUUUGAGCGACACUGAGCUCGGGGCUCGCCGGCGGCAGCGGCGCCGGGGGUGGCGAGGGCAAGGCGACUCUCGCUCCGCUCUGCCUUCGUGCAGAGUGACCGGGAGGGCUUUGCAGCGGCCGCCGCCGCGGCGGGAGGAGGGGGCUGAGGUGGCUUCGGAGUUGGCCAAAGAAGGUGGGCAUUUCUCGCUUUUCUCCCCCCGCCCUCCCCUCCCGGGCUCCCCCUCCCUCCUGCCCCGCACCCACGUGAAGCGGAAUAUAAAGGGGGGUGUGAGACUAGAGGGGAGAGUGAAUGGCGAAGGACUGAAGGGGGCCCCCCUUCGGGUCCCCGGCCGCCCUGUUCACCCUCGUUCAUCCUCCCUUCCCGAAGCUCGCCCUCGAAGGCAGGAGCGGCCGGCGCUUUCGGCCAAGCAGAAGGAGGAGGAGGAGGAGGAAUCGCGCCGGGAAGAGCGUCAGGUCCCGUUUUCUUCUUCGGCGUUUCGAAUACAAAGAUUACGGUGCAGAAGGAAAUUGCACUCACCGCCUCCGCCCCCCGGUACCCAACACAAUGCACCAGCCGCCUGAGUCCACCGCCGCGGCGGCCGCCGCUGCAGACAUUAGUGCUAGGAAGAUGGCGCACCCGGCAAUGUUCCCUCGAAGGGGCAGCGGUAGUGGCAGCGCCUCUGCUCUCAAUGCAGCAGGUACCGGCGUUGGUAGCGCUGCCACCACUUCCGAGGAUUUUCCGCCUCCGUCGCUGCUCCAGCCGCCUCCUGCAGCAUCUUCCACGUCGGGACCACAGCCUCCGCCUCCACAAAGCCUGAACCUCCUUUCUCAGGCUCAGCUUCAGGCACAGCCUCUUGCGCCAGGCGGAACUCAGAUGAAAAAGAAAAGUGGCUUCCAGAUAACUAGCGUUACUCCGGCUCAGAUCUCUGCCAGUAUCAGCUCUAACAACAGUAUAGCAGAGGACACUGAGAGCUAUGAUGAUCUGGAUGAAUCGCACACGGAAGAUCUCUCUUCUUCCGAGAUCCUUGAUGUGUCACUUUCCAGGGCUACUGACUUAGGGGAGCCAGAACGCAGCUCCUCAGAAGAGACUCUGAAUAACUUCCAGGAAGCUGAGACACCUGGGGCAGUCUCUCCUAACCAGCCCCACCUUCCCCAGCCUCAUUUGCCUCACCUUCCACAACAGAAUGUUGUGAUCAAUGGGAAUGCUCAUCCACACCACCUCCAUCACCACCAUCAUAUCCAUCAUGGGCACCACCUUCACCAUGGGCACCAUCAUCCAUCCCAUGCUGCUGUGGCCAGUGCAUCCAUUCCUGGAGGGCCACCCUCAAGCCCAGUGUCCAGAAAACUCUCUACAACUGGAAGCUCUGAUGGUGUUAUGCCAGUUGCACCAGCUUCUGCUGUAUCAUCGAGUGGCUCACCUGCGUCUGUAAUGACUAAUAUCCGUGCACCAAGUACUACAGGCGGUAUAGGUAUAAAUUCUGUUACUGGCGCAAAUACAGUGAAUAAUGUUAACAUUGCUGCUGUGGGUAGUUUCAGUCCUAAUGUGACAAGCAGCAUGCUUGGUAAUACUAAUAUAAGUACGAGCAAUAUUCCUAGUGCUGCUAGUGUAAGUGUUGGGCCUGGAGUUUCCAGUGGUGUUAAUGUGAGUAUCUUGAGUGGCAUGGGCAAUGGUACUGUUUCUUCCUCCACUGUUGUUAACAGUGUACCUAAUGCAGCUGCAGGGAUGACUGUGGGAUUGGUUUCAAGUCAGCAGCAGCAACAACCGACAGUUAACACAUCAAGGUUCAGAGUUGUGAAGUUAGAUUCCACUUCUGAACCUUUUAAAAAAGGUAGAUGGACUUGCACUGAAUUCUAUGAAAAAGAAAAUGCUGUACCUGCUACAGAAGGUGUAGUGGUAAAUAAAGUGGUGGAGACUGUAAAACAAAACCCGACAGAAGUGACUUCUGAGAGGGAGAGCACUAGUGGGAGUUCAGUGAGCAGUAGUGUCAGCACACUGAGUCACUACACGGAGAGUGUGGGAAGUGGAGAGAUGGGAGCCCCUACUGUGGUGCAGCAGCAGCAGCAGCAGCAACAACAUCAACCACCACAACCAGCUCUUCAAGGUGUGGCCCUCCAACAGAUGGAUUUCAGUAGCACUGGUCCACAGAGUAUUUCAGCAGUUAGUAUACCACAGAGUAUUUCUCAGUCACAGAUGUCACAAGUACAGUUACAGUCUCAAGAACUGAGCUAUCAGCAAAAGCAAGGUCUUCAACCAGUACCUCUGCAAGCCACUAUCAAUGCUGCAACUGGUAUCCAGCCAUCACCUGUAAAUGUGGUUGGUGUAACUUCAGCUUUAGGUCAGCAGCCUUCCAUGUCCAGUUUGGCUCAACCCCAACUGCCAUAUUCUCAGACGGCUCCUUCAGUGCAAACUCCCCUUCCAGGGGCACCACCCCAACAGUUACAGUAUGGACAACAGCAACCAAUGGUUUCUACACAGAUGGCCCCAGGCCAUGUUCAAUCAGUGACUCAAAAUCCUACUUCAGAGUAUGUACAGCAACAGCCAGUUCUUCAAACAGCAAUGUCCUCUGGGCAGUCCAGUUCUGCAGGAGUGGGAACAGGAGCAGCAGUGAUUCCUGUGGCUCAGCCACAGGGUAUCCAACUGCCAGUCCAAUCCACAGCAGUCCAAGCACAACCUGCAGGGGCAUCUGGCCAGCCUGUUGGCCAGGCUCAAACAGCAGUGUCUGCUGUACCUACUGGCACUCAAAUUGCAAAUAUUGGUCAACAGGCAAAUAUACCUACUGCAGUGCAGCAGCCCUCUACCCAAGUUACACCUUCAGUUAUUCAGCAAGGUGCUCCUCCAUCUUCACAAGUAGUUCCACCUGCUCAAACUGGGAUUCAUCAGGGAGUUCAAACUAGCGCUUCAAGCCUUCCUCAACAAUUGGUUAUUGCACCCCAGAGUACCUUGUUAACUGUGCCUCCUCAGCCACAAGGAGUAGAACCAAUAGCUCAAGGAGUGGUUUCACAGCAGUUGCCCGCAGUUAGUCCUUUGCCCUCUGCUAGUGGUAUUUCUGUUACGAAUCAGGUUAGUUCAACUGGUCUUUCUGGAAUGCCUUCUGCCCCAACAAACUUGGUUCCAUCACAGAAUAUAGCACAAGCCCCUGCCACCCAAAAUGGUAACUUGGUUCAAAGUGUUAGUCAACCUCCCUUGAUAGCGACUAAUAUAAAUUUGCCUUUGGCACAACAGAUACCACUAAGUUCUACUCAGUUCUCUACACAAUCGUUAGCUCAGGCAAUUGGAAGCCAAAUCGAAGAUGCCAGGCGCACAGCAGAGCCCUCCUUAGUUGGCUUACCUCAGACUAUCAGUGGUGACAGUGGGGGAGUGUCAGCAGUUUCAGAUGGGAGUAGCAGCAGCCUAGCAGCCUCUGCUUCUCUUUUCCCGUUGAAGGUGCUACCGCUGACGACACCCCUGGUGGAUGGCGAGGAUGAGAGCUCCUCUGGUGCAAGUGUGGUAGCUAUCGACAACAAAAUCGAGCAAGCUAUGGAUCUGGUGAAAAGCCAUUUGAUGUAUGCGGUUAGAGAGGAAGUGGAGGUCCUCAAAGAGCAAAUCAAAGAACUAAUAGAGAAAAAUUCCCAGCUGGAGCAGGAAAACAAUCUGCUGAAGACACUGGCCAGUCCUGAGCAACUUGCUCAGUUUCAGGCCCAGCUGCAGACUGUCCCCCCUGCCACCACGCAGCCACAGGGGACCACACAGCCCCCGGCUCAGCCAGCAUCCCAGGGCUCAGGACCAACCGCAUAGCCUCCUAUGCUCCCGCAGAACUGGCUGCUGCUGCUGUCUGAACUGAACUGAACACACCCGGAAGAUGUACUAGGGAGAGUCUGCCUCCACAGUCACCCAUUUCAUUGCUCGCUGCAAAAGAGACGUGAGACUGACAUAUGCCAUUAUCUCUCUUUUUUUUUUUUUUUUUUUUUUUUCCAGUAUUAAACACUCAUUUGCUUUUGGCUUGAAGAAAUUUAUUAGUUGGGUGAAUUAAACAGAGAAUUAGCAUGGAUGUACCCUGUGCAGCUUGGCAGAUAUCUGAGGAAUGGUUUAAUUUUUGCUGAGGAGCUGUGUGCCUUUCCAUCCCUUUCCGCUGCCCACCCCACUUCCAAGAGUUCUGCUGGCUGGUAGUGUACUCCAUGGGGUAGGAAGCAGUGGAGCUCCUCGCUGGACUUUGCACUCUCCUCUCCUCCCCAUGAGGAACUUGAAAGGGAGGCAAGAAACAAGACUAAAAUGAGGGGGAAUGCAGUUCAUUGUACACAUUGACGACUGUCACCAAAACCUAUAAAAAAAAAAUAGUACUGUGCCUCUUUUCUUAAACAGUGGAUGACACAAAACUAUUAGUGAUAAAACGGUGACAGGUAGCUGGGACCUAGGCUAUCUUACUAUGAAGGUUGUUUUGCUUAUUGUAUAUUUGUGUAUGUAGUGUAACUAUUUUGUACAUUAGAGGACUGGAACUACUAUUUAGGUUGUACAGAUUGAAAUUUAGAUGUUUCAUUGGCUGUCUGAAGAGGUGUGGAUUGUCUUUUAUAUAGAGAUUACGUAAAAACUGCUACAUGACAAAAACCACACCUGAAGAAAUUUUAAGAAUUUGGCACAGUUAGUCACUUUGUGUAAUCAGAAAUCUAGCUGCUGAAUAUUCUGAAGUAAAUCCUUGUUCAUUGAAGUCUUUGGAUUGAGCUGGUUGAUGACUUUGAAAAAUGAUCAGUGCUAGCUAAUGAAUUGGAGUUCCCGGUAGGGGUUUCUGCAUAUCACCUGUAUAGUAGUUAUGCAAAUGUUCCUGUGCAUGUUCUCUACACAGUUGUAAGGUGUCACUGUAUUUAACUGUUGUACUUGUCAACUUUCAAUAAAGCAUAUAAAAUGU